AUGAACGUCAGAGCCACCAGUAAAGAGAUGGCUCUCGUCAGCAACGCCUUGGCUGCCUACUCCUUCAUAGCAGAUCACCCAGAGCGAGCAGCUCUAUAUUUCGUGUGUGGAGUGUGUUUGGGGCUGGUCCUCACUCUGGUUGCAUUGGUCGUACAAAUAUCAUGUCGGACAGACUGUAGAACGCGCAAGGAACCUAGGCGACACGCCAAGCCUGCGGACAGCACCAGCGACACUAGCGACAGCGACUCGGACUGGGAUACGCGGUCCGACCUGUCGGCCCGUCGGCACCGCCGAUUCGAACGAACUCUCCACAUGAACGUGUUCACGUCGGCCGAGGAGCUGGAGCGAGCGCAGCGACUGGAGGAAAGGGAACGGAUCAUACGCGAGAUCUGGAUGAACGGACAGCCGGACAUUCCCGGAACACGUAGCCUGAACCGCUACUACUGA